AUGUCUUUCCCCGAUAAGCAAGUCCUUCUCGUAGGUGCCACUUCCGGCAUCGGAGCAGCAAUGACGGAUAAGCUUGUAGAAAACGGUGCCAAAGUCAUCGCCGUCGGUCGGCGCCAGGAACGACUAGAUGCAUUUGUCAAGAAGCAUGGCUCGACCAAGGCGGCUUCCAUCAGGUUCGACAUCACAGACAGGACAGGUCUCGAUGAUUUUGUGAAUAGGGUUGUUGAUGGGUUUCCUGGUCUGGACUGCGUCUUCGUCAACUCAGGAAUUCAAAGCCCAAUCAAGUUGUCGGAACCUAGCAGCGUUGACCUGGACGCCUUUCGCGAAGAGAUCAACGUCAACUUUUUAAGCGUUGUCGACAUUUCGGUCAAGUUUCUGCCGAGACUCCAAGACAAAGCAAUACCGACAGGUUUGAUCAUUACCGGCACACAUCUUGCUCUUAUCCCUGCGGUGACUUUGCCGGCAUACUCUGCCUCCAAGGCAGCUCUUCAUGCCUAUGUUUAUUCUUUGAGGCAACAACUACAAGGGUCUAGCACUAAAAUCAUCGAGAUUUGGCCUCCCCUAGUGCAGACCGAGUUGCAUGAUUACAUUGGUAAGGAGAAAGGUCGAUCGAUGGGAAUGCCUGUUGAUGUGUUUGCCGACGAGACAUAUAAGCAGCUUGUCUUAGGCACCGAACACAUUCUGGUUGGUUCAGUCGGUCCCGAAGAGCCAUUUUUGGAGUUGGUCAAGGCAAGACAGAAGCAGUCAGAUGAUCUAUCGAAAUUUAUGCUCUCUCUCCCUCCUAUCUAG